AUGGACAGCAUAGCUGCCUCGACGGCCGGGCAAAUGGAUUCGGCGUGCCUAGGCGACACCGAGCGCACGCCACUGCUGCUCCCCAGGAACCACCGCACGUCUGUUGCUGGCUCUACAUUCGCUUCAUUUGGCGACGACACCACACAGCAGACCACAUCGAUUGUCACGCGCGAAGUCAAGCAUGUCGCAGAUAGCUUCAUCCGGUCACCUGGGCGCAACGAGCUUGGGGGCAUUGGGCUGGCGCACAUGGUGGUUAUUUUGACUGGGUACCCAGUUCUGUUCAGCGUUCUCAACUGCCUGGAGACGUGUGCCAGCCAGGCGUACACCUCUGUGCAGCCGCAGCUCGUCGGCGCCUACUUUGUCCAGGCCAUGCAGGUGCAGUGGGCCAUGGGCCUGGUCCUGGGCGCCCUGUGGUUUUCUGCAGAGCCCCUACUGACCCAUUUCAUGCACGGAACCAACCUGGAAAUGGUUGCGAUGGCUGCCGCGUACCUGCGCUGGUACUUUGUGCCGUUCAUGCUUUUUGGCACGCUCAUGUGUGCCAAGCAGCUUCUUUUCUCUCAAGGCGUAACAUACCCCCUGCCUUACCUGACUCUCUUGGGCACCGUGGUCACUCUGAGUGCUCAGUAUUUACUCGUAUUUUCACCUUAUUUUUCGCUCGGCGUGCGUGGCAUUGCGCUGGCAAAUGGCCUGAGCUACUUGGCUAUGCUGCUGGCUACCUUCUGGGUGGUGCGCCGCCACAAUGUGAGCCGGAUCUGGGGCGGCCUUCGAGUGCGCGCGCCCUGGAAAUCCUUCCUGCGCCUUAUGCCGCCCAGUCUGGUCCUGACUGUAUUAUCCACAGGUACCAGUGAGUUGAUCACCAUGGCAGCAACUCAGCUGGGCGGCAGCAGCUUGACCAUCCAAGCCGUAAUCUCAGCACUAUCUCGCAUGUUCAUGAUAGCCUUCUCCAGCAUCGGCGUCGCUGCUCUCAACCGCGCUGGAAAUCUUAUUGGUCACCGCUCUGUGCGUGGCGCCAAGAUAUCUUCCACUGUUUCGCUGUGCCUCGGACUGAUAUUUGCAUUCUUGGGCGCGUUUGCUAUUCUCUGGUCGCCCGAGACGUGGAUCCGCAUUUUUACCAACGACGAGCAGACUGUGCAGGGAGCCAAGGAGGUAUUGCCCGUGGCUAUCUUGGCUGCUUUCGGCGCAGGGCAAGCAGGCUUUGGCCAUGCGCAUCAAUUUGUCAUGCUGUAUGUCGUUGGCCUGCCGCUGGGGUAUUACUGGGCUAUAGUCUCAGGCCACGGCUUGGUCGGCCUAUGGAGCGCGGUUGCUGUCGGCCAGACGUGCACUGCGCUCGUCGAGGCUGUCGUCAUGUUAAAGACCGACUGGGUUCGAUUGGUUGACUAUUGCACUGAGACCAUCAUCAUGCCGUGA